AUGAUGCGUCGUUUUUCGCUCCUUAUCGCGUUCUUGUUCUGCAUCGACCACGUUGCAUGGUUGGAGGCCAUCGGUAACCACAAUUGGUCAUCUUUAUUCAACAAUAAUCCGUCGGAGAACUGGGUUGUCCUUGCCGCUGGUUCCAACACCUGGGAAAAUUAUCGACACCAAGCUGACGUUUAUCACGCGUACCAGAUCGUACGUCAAAACAACGUUCCAGCGCAGAAUAUAAUUACGCUCGCCUACGACGAUAUUGCAAACAAUCCC